GCUGCCCGGGGAGUAAACAAAGAAAUAAAUAUCAACAUACCGACUACGUGCCAUCGCUGCGGAGGUUCACGUGCUGAACCGGGUACCGGUGCAACUACUUGCCCCAACUGCCACGGGACUGGCACUGAAAACCUGAGCACCGGUCCCUUCUUGCUGCGUUCCGUUUGUCGACGAUGCCAAGGUAGUGGCUCAGUUGUGCGCCAUCCUUGCGUAGAAUGUGAAGGCAAAGGACGGAUCGUCGGUCGCCAACGCGUCAGCGUUGCUAUCCCAGCGGGUGUUGAAGAUGGUCAAGUCUUGCGGGUUUCAGUCGGCGACGGCCGACAAGCCUCCCAAGAAAUUUUUGUACAGGUACGGGUUGAACGCAGUCGACAGUUUCGCCGAGAGGGCGCAGAUGUGCAUUCAGAUAUCACCAUUUCAUUAGCCCAAGCUGCGCUUGGUGGGAAAAUUCGCGUUCCUGGAAUUUACGAGACAUUGCUGAUCACAGUAAGUAUCGAUAAAAGUACAUAUUUUUUUCACCGCAGUGUUGAGCUUUAUAAGUAUACUUGUCUAGCUUUUCGAUGUAACUCUAUGGUAUCACCUUUUGUUGAAAAACAGUAG